AAUGAUUAGAUGUAAAUUUUAUUUGAUAUCGACGAAAAAUAAAUUUCAAAAUAUUGAUCAUUAGUUAACGAUAAAACUAAAACAGUUAAACCAACUAAAUUAUCCAAUUCACCUUUCCUUCAACCUUCUCCAUCAAAUUCCUUUUUUUUUUUUUUUUGAAAGAUCCAUCAAAUUCCACUGGGAGCCUACACACAUUAUUGUAACUUUUUUUUUCUCACUUUCGAUGUCAUUUUCAUUAUUAACACAGAGCAUACACUUCUUCUCCCUCUCUAUCUCUUUCUGGCCUUUUUGUUCCCUUUCGUUCGUUCUUUCGAAUUUAAAAAUUGAAAGGGAACUGUGUUCAAAUUUUUUUUGAAAGAGAACCACUAUUUCAUUUCCCCUGGUUCUAAUUUAACUGGAACCGCGCUAGAGCGAGAGAGGGAAGCGAGAAGAGAAAAUGGACGACUACACGAGAGAGAUGAUGGACCUCAAGACCCUCGUCACUCGAACACUUGAGAAGAAAGGGGUUCUCGCUAAGAUCCGGGCGGAACUCAGAGCAAGUGUCUUUGAAGCGAUUGAAGAGGAGGAUAGGGUAGUUGAAAAUGAAGAAGGCUUACCACCUGCAUUACUGGGUAGCUGCAAUGACCGCGCAAAGCAGCUUCACGCUUCACCAUCAGGGAGGCUAUUAACUGCACUAAUGUGUGAGUACUUUGACUGGGCACAACUAAAUCACACGCUCAAAGUAUAUCUACCUGAGUGCAACUUGCAAAAGGAUUCAUGGAAAGCAGAAUUGAAAGAAUUCAGUAGCAAUAAUGGGUACGAUCUCAACAGGAAUGGAGAUAGUGGUCCUUUGCUUCUCGAUGUACUCGAAGGAUUCUUGAAGUAUGAGAAUCUAACUCAAGGCAGAGGAUCUGGAAGGAGAGUAUCAGAAAAUGAGUCCUUAUCUAACUUAGACUCGAGGAACAUGCGGAGGCCCUCUUCAUCAUCUGUUGCUGGUGGUUUACCUCCUUUAGGAAGGCCGGGUGCAUCAUCGUCAUCUGACAGGAGAGGAGGGUCCUCCAUGAGCGGUGGUUACAGGAAAGAUGACUAUAAUUGGAGGUAUGAUAGUGAUGAGAUCCCUGAGGAAGUAAAUCGAGCUUCAACUGCACUUGAAAACCUUCAGUUGGACAGGAAAGCUCGGAAUCUGACAUCAUCCUGGCGGCCUGCUGGAGAUGGAAUGAGUGACGAUGACGGAAGGGCAGAUCAUAUUUAAGCCUGGAAAUUGACAUUUCUUCUUUUGCUCGUGUAGUUUAGUGUGUAUUUCGUGUUAUUGAAUCCAAUGCACUGUCUUUAACGAUUGCUCAGAAGGCAAGUAAAAUGAGGGGUACUUGGUAGUGCUGUUUGUAUGAUUUCCCCCCCUCCUCACUCUGUUCUUAUUGAUGUUUUUUUCCUAUUAUUCCACACGAGCCUUCUUGUUAUCUCUGCUUGUCUUCCUCUCAUGCAACUUUCAUAAUCCGAGUGCAAUCGUUCGAGUGUAAUCAACCAUCGCACAUAUA